AUGAUUUAUCACCAUUUUUUUAACUACGUAAGUUAUCUUUUUAUACCUUUUUUAGCGUAUUUUUUUAAUCUCAAAUUAUGUGAUCAAUAUUUGCAGAAAAUCAUCCCGGAAAGCAAUGGAUCCUUGGAAAACAACGCAAAUUCAACAGCAUCACUCCCAACUUCGGCCCAGGACGGCACCAUGGCCGAGACUCAAACCAACGGCAGAAACAACAUGGAAUGUAAGUUUUUAUUUUUGGUGUUAUAGUUGAGGAAAUCAGGGAAUUCUUCGGAUCGUUGUCAAUUUUUUUUGUGGUUCUUCAAUUGAUUAUUUUAUUUUCAGAUAUUGCUCCGAGAUUUCACUGCCCUACCCCAAAUGUUUACCACCCAUUUUUCACUAUGUAGGUUGUUUCACCCUUGAUUUUAUCCUACUUUUUCCCAAACUGUAUGGUAUAUAUUUUCAGGAACCUAAACAUCACCUUCACUCACGCCACACCCCUUUCCAUUUGCAACACCCAUCCUCCCCUCCCACUCGCACCGCACCCCUCCUCCGUUCCACUCCCAUCACACUCCUCCCCCAUCACACUCUCUUCAGAAUGUAAGUUUCGUGGUUUAUUGGUAGUCGAGGAAACUACGGAUAGCUUGAGAUUAUUGUCAACUCUUUUUUGAGUGUUCUUCAAUUUAUUCUUUUAAUUUUCAGAUAUCUCCAAGCCCCAUGCAACGGAUACCUUUAAAAAAGAAAAAAAUAAAAAAAAAGUAAAAAAAAAUAAAAAAAGUAAGAAAAAAAGUAAAAAAAAGAAAGAAAAAAAGAAGGAAGUUAAAAAGAAAAAAAUUGAAAAAAGAAGAGGCCACAUCACUUCCCCUCCCACCAGCACAUUUCUCUCACUCUCUCCCUCCCCUUCCACACCCACCACCCUCCUUCCCUCUCCCUCCCCUUCACCCAAUCAUCAAGGCUUGCUUUGGUGAUUAAAGUAAGUUGUUUUUUUACCAAUUGUAGGCUUUUAUUCCCGUCAUGAGUCCAGAUACUGCCAAUUCUAUUUUUAAUAUUAUCUAUUUUCAUGGAAACCAUCAAGAAUCCGUUCCUUGGAGCCCUGGAGAAGUUGGAGGAAUCAAUGGUGUCCUGAAGGUCUGCAGAAGAUAAGAACGGUAUGUUAAUUGGGAGUGAUCAGUUCAGGAAUCGGGUUCUAGAAGGGGACACUAGGAACAUUGUAAGUGAAAAAGCGUUUAGCUGUGUAAAAGCCAGUCAUUACGACAUAUUUUUGGAUGGUUACGGUAGAGACGAGGGUUUUUCUAAACUCUGAUUUUUACUGGUAUUAAUGGGCUAGACUUGGGUGUGAAAGCUUGCAAAAUCUUGAUAGGUGCUGUUUUGUGAUUGAUCAUUUUGGAAUACGCAUUUGUCUCCAUGCUAGGAUGUUAGAAUGUUAUGUUUCUUGUGAUUUUUCGGAAGAAUUUUAGAAUUUCUUGCUUUUUUGGGACAUUUUAGGGGAUUAUAAUAUGUAAGGGGUCGUAAAAAUCAAUCUUACACGGAGUAGCGACUAGUUUUAGCCACUAAUCAUGUUGUAAUGACGGUAUUGUACUACUUUUACAUUUUUCAUGAGAUGAAUACCAUGAAAUUUCCCAUUGAUUAAUACAUCUUUCUUUCAGAAUGGCCACUUUUUUAUGGUCGACGGGGAAGCUGGUGCGAUUGAAAGCGAAGAACAAGUUACUUUGCCGAGCCCUGCAUUCCACGGAAACGGACGGGGUCUCUGA